AGAACGAUGAAAUUGAAUACAUGGGUCUUACAGGACUUGCGGAACUUACGGGACUUGAUUCUUUCGUUUUUUCAUUGCAAUUAUCAUUAUGUAAAGGAAGUUUUGUAUAAUCCAUUUUAUUUUAAUAUUUUCUUAUAUAAGUUAGAUUACUCAAUGAAAUUGGUGAAAUUAAAUUUUAAUUUAUUGUGUUAUAGUAAUAAAAAACCAACAAUUUACUUAUAUUUAUAAAGAACUAGGUUGCUUAAAG